AUGCGGGAACAAAUCGAGUUGGAAACGCGAAAUCAAUCGAACAACCAAAAGUGGUUUAUUGAACGGAGAAACAGACUAACAGCGUCAAACUUUGGAAAAGUUUGUAAGAUGCGUCCAACUACAUCCUGUAAAAGAACCGUAUAUGACAUAUUAUAUGGUCAUUUUACAACCCGAGCGAUGGACUAUGGAAAAAUUACUGAAGUCAUCGCAAAAGAAAAAUUUGAAAAAUUAACAAAUCUUAAAGUCAUGGAUUGUGGUUUGUUUAUUGACGCAGAUAAACCAUACUUAGCCGCUAGCCCUGAUGGUUUAAUUGGCGAUACAGCUGUUUUGGAAAUUAAAUGUCCUUUUUCGAUCAAAGAUACGAAUGAAUUACAAACAGUGGUCGACAAUAAAAAGAUACCUUAUGUAACUAUUGUAGACGGUAAAAUGAAAUUAAAAAAAACUAGUUCAUACUAUUAUCAAGUACAGGGACAAUUAAAAAUAACAAAAAGGAAUGUAUGUUAUUUUGUUGUAUACUCCGAAAAAUGGAUUGAAUAUGACGUAAUUGAUUACGACGAAAGAUUUUGGUAUUCUAAAAUGGAUAUUCAGUUAGAGACUGAUGUGGAACUUAUAAGCGACAGUGAUGAGGAAGAAGUUGAUGAUUCAGACAAAGAUCCUGAUUGGAAUGAUGAUGAAAAUUACGAAGAUAUCGGUGAAGAGUUUGAAGUUGAACAUUUUGAAAACGAAAGAGCUGAAGUUGAAAAUAACAUUCAAAAUUAA